AACAAUAUUUAAACUCAAUGAACUGCCUGUGAACAAUUGGAUCUGAAAACCAUCACACAAAUAAAAUAUGGAGCGCGACAUAUCGCUAUGCAGAAUGCGAACAAUUAUUGCGAAAUUGACAUCCCGAGUCGGUGAAUCACUCGACGCAUUCGGUCAUGAAUACACCAGAGAGGAUCAGACAGUUUUAUCGAAUUUAAUCAAAACUCUGAGACACCUGGGUCGUAUCAUUGAGACCAGAAUGAGAACAUCACCCAGAGAGGAACGUGAGCGAGCAUCCAAUUUAGCAACUGCCCUCGUGAAUGGGAAGAAAGCUCUCCAGGAAGUUGAGAUUUUGAAGAGCACCCUGGAGGACACGCGGCUGGAGCAUAGAAACUCGGUGGACCGAGUUAGGGAAGAAAUUAAUAGGGAAAGGGAAUUGUUGGAGGGAAUUGAGUUGCAGCAGACACUGAAAAUUAAGAGGAGAAGAGAGGAAUUGGAGGCACAGAUGAGGGCGGUAAUGGAUGAGACACUGAUUGAGAAGCGACAGAAAGCGACUGAGAUUGAAUUGAGAGAGAUUGAAUAUCGGAGUAUUUGUGCGGAAAAUUUGAAAAGGGAGAAGGAGGUCUACGCUACGAGAAAAGAAGCGGAGCGACGGUACCUCGGAAUAUUAUCGAAAUACGACAUAGAAGUAGGUGGAUUGCAUCGAACAAUGGAGACUCUCAUAGCGGAAUCGGAUUUGUUGGCAAACAAACUCAAGACUCUCGAGGAAACUCUCCGACUUCAGGAGAUAGAGUACGUGGAACUGAAGAAUGAACGAGAGACAGCACUGCGCAGAGCUUUCAUGGAGGGUCUGAACGGUUUUAUGAGACAUCGUGCAGCAAAGAGGAUUCAGAGAACGUGGAGAGCUUAUUGGGAGCGUCAGCAAUUACGAAAGAAGAAAAAAUCGAAGAAGAAGAAACAAUAAAUUCUCAUAAAAUUCAUCAACACUCUUGACUAUAAACCAAUUUUUAGUGAAUAUCUGAGAAUCUACGGGAGAUA